AUGAGCUUUGUUGGGCAAGCUUUGAAUUGUACUUGUCUAGUGUUAGUGGCGAUAUCUGUGGGGAUUUUCUGGGCCAAUAAACAGUUGCAAAGCGAGAUAACACAACUGAACUCCCAAGCUGAGACUUUGAAAAUUCAAUUAGAAAACAUACAUCAAACGUGUGAAGACAAAGUUGUUGGAGCAUUUCCACGUAUUCCUGCGACUCAUAUUGUUACUCAUAACGAUACACAAGUACAAGGCUUGGAUAUGGCGAGAAAUGUCACUUUUAUUUCAUUAUAUGUAGCUGAUAAUAAGGAUUCUUGGUCAUGCAUUAAAAAUCAAGUUAAAUCAAUCAAAACUGCUUUUCCAAAUGCAAAAAUCCUUAAAACUGUUGUUACUACAAAUACAGAGAACAUUAAAUUGGUAUCAGGUGUUACUACGGUCGGCAAUUUUCGCAACAGAGCAGAAGCGUUGAACAAGGCAAUAAAACAAAUAAAUACCCCAUACUUUUUUGUCAUGCACCCAAAUUUUAUUAUUGAGCCUAAAGGCUCAGACACAGGCAUCGAAUGGCUACACCAUGCUUUGGUUGUCACUCCAGGUGUAGAUAUCAUUGGUGGAUCAGUGUUGCAUAGCAACAACGAGCUAGUGGUGCCUUGUUACUCAUUAAACCUAUGUAACUGGACAAUAACCCAGAAAUAUGAAUACAAACGAAGUUUUGGUGAAAUUAUGAUUUGUGACGAGGUCAGUCACUCCUUUAUGGCUCGAAAAGAAAUUAUUGCUAAAUUUAAUGAUGAAUUAUUUGAUAAAGAUCUGGAAGCCGGAGAUUACAUGUUUGUUGAUUUUUUCCUUCGUGCAAAAAAGCGUGAACUGACAACCGCAAAUCGUCCCGAAGUCUUGUUUGUCCAGCAAAACUUGUGUGUACUACAGGAGAUUUCUAAUGCGGCUAAUAUGGAGAAUGUAUUACCUUUUGCAAGAAAACAUCAAGUUAUGCAGUUUAAAAAUCCUGAAAAUAAAAUUUACAGUAUUUGUGAUGGUUCUAGAUCCACAAAUAUUUGUACAACUGAGAAUAUGUUAAAAGAUUUCAAAUUUCCCAAUUGGUAUAAUGAUGGGAUGUUUGCUUAUCCGUUUGUGAUUAAACAAGCCAUCCACACCCUGGAAAUUGUGUCAGAGCAAAUGCGCAAAGCUAGCAUUGUGUUUGCAUUACGAGGUGAAACGUUAUUUGGAGCAGUUAUGACUAAAUCUAUUCUACCAUGGGGACAGUUGAAUUCGAUUCAGUUAUCAGUAUUUGGAACAAAAACCGAAAUCACAAAAUUUGCUUCAACAAAUGGCUAUAAGCAUAAUGUCAAUGGUGAUACUAUUACACUUGCAGUACAAGCACCAAAUUUCUCGUCUUCAAUGGAAGUUGAAAUAACAAUUAAAUCCCCAGACAAUGUAAAGUUUGUGAAUAUCCGAGUAAAUGGUAAACUAUAUCCGACACCAUCUGAUCCUAUUGCGGCAUUGAAGAAAGAGUAUGGAGAAAAUUAUUUGCAUGGAAAAGAUGGCAAGACUGAUAAUAUGUUUUCUUGUAAAGUAGAAAAUCACCAUGCAUGUAUGCCUGCCAUGCCUAGCAGAGGUGCAAGUACUUAUCAGGAGAAUUAUUGUGAAAUAUGA